GGUAAUGGCUACAGCGGGGGCGGCGGGGGCGGCAACGGCUACAGCGGGGGCGGCGGUGGUGGCAACGGCUACAGCGGAGGCGGCGGAGGCUUCGGCGGCGGCGGCGGCGGUGGCGGCGGCGGUGGCUACAGCCCGCCACUCCCCAACGGGUACGCGCCGCCUCCUGCCGUCGACACGCAGUACGGCGCGCCAGCGCAGGCGCCGGUCAUCCACAAGCACGUGUACGUGCACGUGCCGCCUCCAGAGCCCACGUACGCGGCGCCCAGGAAGCCGCAGCCUCCGCCGCCGCCCCCACAGAAGCACUACAAGAUCGUGUUCAUCAAGGCGCCCGCGCCGCCGCCGCCCACGGUGCCGGACCUGCCGCCCAUCGCGCCGCCCCCCGAACAGAAGACGCUCAUCUACGUGCUCGUCAAGAAGCCCGAGGAGCCGCCCGAGAUCACCAUCCCCACGCCCGCGCCCACACAGCCUUCCAAGCCGGAAGUUUACUUCAUUCGCUACAAAACACAAACUCAGGAGGGUGGCGGCCCGGGCGGCGCGUACGGACCUCCAUCGCCGGCUGGCCCCAGCCCAGAAUACGGCGCUCCAAGCGCCGGUGGCGGCGGCGGCGGCGGCGGCGGCGGCUCGGGCCCCUACUGA